AUGGCUUUACGCACUCCUUUCCGUCGUCUCGCCUUGACGCGCCUCGGCUCCCGGGCUUUCCAUUCGACACCUCGAGUGUCGAUCCGUGUCGGCGACGAUAUCCCCGAGACGGGCGGUCUUUUUGAGAACUCGGCCGCUGCCAAGAUCAGCUUGGCUGACGAGUUCAAGUCGGGCGAUGGCUACAUCAUUGGCGUGCCUGGUGCCUUCACGGGCACCUGCUCCAGCAAGCACAUUCCUUCAUACCUCAACAGCCCAAAGCUGAAAGACGCUGGAAAGGUAUUUGUGCUGUCCGUCAACGACCCAUUUGUCAUGAAGGCUUGGGCUGAGCGGCUUGAUCCUGCUUCUCAGACUUCUAUCCGAUGGGUUGCUGACCCUACUGCCGUAUUCACCAAAUCUCUCGCAAUGGAGUUUGACGGUGCCGCUGCCGUUCUCGGAGGGACUCGUAGCCAGCGCUUCGCUCUCAAGAUUGUGAAUGGCAAAGUUGCCGCGGUGCAUCUGGAAGCUGAUGCUACUGCUGCCGAUGCCGCCGAGGAUGAUCCUGUUGCAUUGAUACGGAUAGUGGUCGUUGCUCAUUCUUUCGAUCGUAGGUGUGGACUCUUCCGCGUCUCUGCGCUUUCCACCUCGGCCGCCACCAUUUCCUCCUCCACGCGCAAACGAAAGGCCGCUGAGACGACGAUCUCCCCCGCCUCUCCGAACAAGAAAUACGUCGUCUCAGCAGUCGAGUCUCUGGCUGCCCCCCCGACUCCUGUCACCACCCACGGUAUGGAUUCGGAUGAGGACUUCAUGUCGCAGCUUUCAAGCGAUGACGACAUAAUGCAAGAUAGCGCCGAUGACAUGUCCACCGCCGAAUAUGACGAUGACGACUUUGAUGAGCCCGACCCUGAUUUUGGCCUCUUGCCUAAACAACUAUAUAAGAAGAACAGCCCAGGUCAUGUUGUCGCCUUCACUGUAUACAAGCCGAUCGAUAUCCGAGAGCAACAAGAUGGCAUGAUUGCUGAGGUGAACAUGAUUCUUGACAUGGGUAAAGAGGAUGCCGCCAUCAUGCUUCGUCACUUUCGCUGGAACAAAGAGCGUUUACUUGAAGACUACAUGGACCACCCAGAGAAGGUCUUGGAAGCGGCCGGUCUGAACAGUAGCACCAACGAUCUGCCGAAGCUCGAGGCUGUACCUGGCUUUGUUUGUGAUAUCUGCUGCGAAGAUGAGGAAGGGCUCGAGACUUUUGCCAUGAAGUGCGGCCAUCGUUACUGUGUCCAUUGCUACCGGCGGUAUUUGACGCAAAAAAUCCGAGAUGAGGGCGAAGCGGCUAGAAUCCAGUGUCCCUCUGAUGGCUGCGGUCGAAGUCUCGAUUCGCGGUCCUUGGACUUACUCGUCACCUCCGACCUGACUGGCCGAUAUCACGAGCUUCUUAAUCGCACAUAUGUCGAAGACAAGGACAUUUUCAAGUGGUGCCCGGCGCCUGAUUGUCCUAACGCUGUAGAAUGCGGCAUCAAAAAGAAGGACCUUGACAAGGUUGUACCGACAGUUGAGUGCAGUUGCGGCUUCCGCUUCUGCUUUGGAUGCCCGAAUCCUGAUCACCAACCCGCUCCUUGCGACUUGGUCCGCAAGUGGCUCAAGAAAUGCGCAGAUGACUCUGAAACUGCGAACUGGAUCAACGCCAACACCAAAGAAUGCCCCAAGUGUCAGUCAACGAUUGAAAAGAACGGUGGCUGCAACCAUAUGACCUGCCGAAAGUGCAGGUAUGAAUUUUGCUGGAUGUGCAUGGGCCUCUGGUCCGAGCAUGGCACAUCAUGGUAUAACUGUAAUAGAUACGAGGAAAAGAGCGGACAUGAAGCUCGAGAUGCCCAGACUAAGUCGCGGACCUCCCUGGCUAGAUAUCUGCACUACUACAAUCGGUAUGCGAAUCACGAGCAGUCUGCGCGGUUAGACAGGGACAUCGCUGCUAAGACCGAAAAGAAGAUGGUCCAGCUGCAAACCACCUCAGGCAUGUCGUGGAUCGAAGUCCAGUAUCUCAAUGCUGCGUCACAGGCACUUCAAACCUGCCGCCAGACCCUUAAAUGGACCUAUGCCUUUGCUUUUUAUCUUACCAAGACAAACUUGACUGAGAUUUUUGAGGACAAUCAAAAGGACUUGGAAAUUGCCGUGGAGAACUUGUCCGAAAUGUUUGAGAAACCGAUUCAGGAGCUUUCAAAUUCGAAGCUCAAAGUUGACAUUAUGGACAAAACUUCAUACUGCAGCAAGCGACGGCUUAUUCUGCUCGAAGAUACUGCGGAUAAUUUGGCCAGGGUGGUCAUUCAAUUCGGAAUUAACAGCACCCGCCUCUGUCCUCCCUGCUCCUGCAACACGUCGCUAGUAUUACGCUGGCUAACCCUGAGCAUGCACUUCGCCAUGGUAGAAGUUGUUUCCCAGCGAUUUUUUCAAGACGGUGCCCAAUCUGACAACGAGGCCCAUGGGCAAACCUACCGCGAUGCCGACGCCAAGCUGACUCGUCGACCCCAUUUUAAACUACCAGAUGUGACCAUCCAAGGUCGGGGUCAAUCAGUCGUUCUUCCCCUUGGCAGGGGCGAGGUUGCGGUCAGAGGAGUCCUCAUACUGGAAAGCGAAGCGCCUUUCUUUGUCCAGCGGCCAAUAUAA